AUGGCAUCUAACAGCCUUUUCAGUACAGUGACACCAUGUCAACAAAACUUCUUCUGGGAUCCCAGCGCCGGUCGGAGGUUCAGUCCGCCGUCCAGUAGUCUCCAGCCGGUCCCGGGGAAGAUGAACGACGUGAGCCCGCCGGCGGGUCAGCCGGACGCGGCCGCCGUGCCGCGGCUGCGCCCGCACGAGAACCGCAGCAUGGCGGAGAUCAUCGCCGACCAUCCGGCCGAGCUGGUUCGGACUGACAGCCCCAAUUUCCUAUGCUCCGUCCUGCCCUCCCACUGGCGGUGCAAUAAAACACUGCCCGUCGCCUUUAAGGUUGUGGCACUUGGGGACAUACCUGAUGGUACCGUGGUGACGGUGAUGGCAGGAAAUGAUGAGAACUACUCAGCAGAGCUGCGUAACGCCUCGGGGGUGAUGAAGAACCAGGUUGCACGUUUCAAUGACCUGCGCUUCGUGGGGCGCAGUGGGAGAGGCAAGAGCUUCACCCUGACAAUCACAGUAUUCACCAACCCUCCACAAGUGGCCACUUACCAUCGAGCCAUAAAGGUCACCGUGGAUGGACCACGCGAGCCCAGGAGGCAUCGUCAAAAGCUUGAGGACCCCCCGAAGACCGGCCUGUUCUCAGACCGCCUCAGCGAGUUGGAGAGGAUACGUCAGACCACCAUGAGGGUGACAGUUCCCACACAAGGACCCCGGCCGGCCCUCAACGCAGGGGCCAACUCCUUUAACCCCCAGGGGCAGACACAGAUAACAGACCCUCGCCAGUCCCAAUCGUCUCCUCCCUGGUCGUACGAGCAGACCUACCCGUCCUACCUGAGUCCGAUGCCGUCCCCCUCAGUCCACUCCACUGCCCCCCUCUCCUCCAGCCGAGCCACAGGACUUCCUGCCAUUACAGACGUACCUAGACGCCUACCAGGUUCAUCUGACCUGAGCCCAUUCCCUGGUCAGUUUGAGCGUCAGUUCCCAGGACUCUCCUCCCUCACAGAGAGCCGCUUCUCCAGCCCCCGGAUGCACUACCCAGCCACCUUCACCUACACCCCACCUGUCACCUCAGCCAUGUCCCUGGGCAGCGCCCACUACCACACCUACCUUCCCCCUCCCUACCCCGGCUCUACCCAAAGCCAGAGUGGACCCUUCCAGACCAGCAGCACACCCUAUCUCUACUAUGGGGCUUCCUCCGGCUCGUACCAGUUCUCCAUGGUUCCUGGGGGGGACCGCUCCCCCUCCCGGAUGAUACCGCCAUGCACAAGCGCCUCCACGGGCACCUCCCUGGUGAAUCCUAACUUGCCCAGCCAGACGGAGGGAGGCGUGGAGGGCGACGGCAGCCACAGUAACUCCCCCACUGUACUCAACCCAGGGGGGCGGAUGGAUGAGGCUGUCUGGCGGCCAUAUUGA